UUACAUUUCACAUAAUUUUCGGGUGGAGAACGGCAGUAGUCCAGGGAAAAGCAGGAAGUUCCAAAAGAAAUAGGCGAAAUUCAAAAUUACCGAAGGAUGUCGCACAGGGAGCGAGGCGGAGGAGGAGUAGUAAAACGGGAUCCAUCAAAUAACUGGGAUGCGGAAAGGACUGCCCGGUUUUUCUGCGAUAUGCAGGAAAAUGAGGUGCGGACGAUGCAUUACUUAGGCCUGGCUUACUUGGUGUUGUCCCGUCGCCCAAGGCUACAGUUAAAGGUUCCUCUAUCCACCCAAAACUACGAAGAUGGAGCCAAUGUGGGAGCCGGGAGGCGGAGAGGCUCUGCCCUCCAGUUGGUCUUCACCUGUCCAUCGAACUAUCCGAUCCAGGUGCCGCAGGUGGAGAUCGUGGAGAAGCGGAACAUCAGCAAGUCCUUGGAGCAGGCUCUCCAGGAAGAGAUUGCCCAGACCUUGGAGCAGCACCUGGGCCUCCAGAUGAUUGUGCCCGUGGUCACCCGGCUGCAAAUGCUGAUGAACAAGGAGGCGAGGAGGCAGCCCACUCAGUAACGUGCUUUCUAGGUGUCGACCAUCCGUAUAUCCUGUCAUAAAUAUUAUCCCUUCUUCCCCUUGUUGUUAGCAAGUAUAAUUUACUGGCACUUGUUUUUAAAAAAGAUGAUUAAAUAAGCAGACAAAAUUUGUGUACCCCCUA